ACCUCCACCAGCGCACAACACGUUUGUUUGAUUCCUCCUAUAAGAAGGCGUUUGAAGUGUUGUGUUUCCUGGGCAUUAUAUUAUAAUUACAGGCUAGUAGCACUAACUCUGUAAGGACACACCCCCAUCUCCUUCCUCCUAUUUAUACUUUCUCUUUAAGCAAAAGAGUUUACAAAAUUGUAAUUAGUUUUAUCUCCCUUCCCUUUCAUUAUUUAUUUUGCUUCUGAACUCUUGUCUCUCUUUUUUUUCAGCGUAAAUACGCAGAGAAUGUUCUUUAGCUGUGGAAACCCAUUGAAGGCUCUGUUUCCAAAGAAGAACAAUGCAUGCAUAUCCCCACAUCUUCUCUUUCUAGCGAACAAAUUCGAAAUAAGUUUGACGGCAUCGAUCGCAGAACUUGUACCAAAGGAUGAUGAUGAUGAUGAUUUUCUCACUUAUUCUUGGAUGAUUGACGGAAUGCACUCUCUUUGUGAGACGCAAUUGGGUUUCACGACACUCAUGACCACCGAUGCAGACCUUCCUGUAUCCGACAUGGAAGAAAGUUUGGUUCAGAUGUACGUUGACAUCAGUUCGAAGCUGCUUGAACUCUGCGACGCCUUCACCUCAGAGCUGUACCGGCUUAACCACGGAAACAUGUUUCUCAACAUUGCUUUUAGUAAUCCUGAGGAGUUUCAUUCAUCGCAUCUCGACCGUUGGAGGCAGCACAUGGCUUCCAAGAACCCGGGCAUCGAAAACUGCCGUAAGGUUUUGAGUAGUCUUGCUGAAUCCCUGAAUCAUCAUUAUCAUAGUCUCUACAAGAAGAUGACGAAGAAGGAGAAACAAUAUGAAAAAGAAAAAGUUCUCCUGCGAGCUUUAUAUGGUGUAAUGGUCAAUACUUUAUACAUAUUCAGCGUGUUUGCUGCAGCGUUUACUCGUUCUUCCAAGAAUCUCUUGCAUUUAACCAUUCCAAAGGAGAUGGAGGAGGAGGCUCGUUGGGGACAAGCUUUCGUGGAACUGCAGAACAUGGUCAAGCCGAAGACCCGAAACACGCCCUUAUCAGAGAGAUUCGGGGUUAUAAGAGAUCUCGAGGCUGUUGAAUCUGGUGUGGAGAAGCUUUACGCAGCGGUCCAAGAAGGGUGUCCUAAUUUAUUGAUGGUGAUGGAGCCAUUGAAGCAAUCAGUGAAAGAACUUUCAGAAAGGUAUGAUCUUAUCUACAAGGCAACGCGAUGCUUGUGGGACACGGUGAUUCUUGCUCGAGACGCAUUGAGUGAGAGACUGCUGACAUAA